UGGACAGUUUUUUUGUGUUUACACACGCUCCCUGGCUCCGGUAACACAGCGAUGCUCCCUGGCUCCGGUAACACUGCGAGUAAUUGUUGACGGUCCCUUGAUUUUCUGAUGAAAUCUCACUCCGACACACGGAAGCAACACGGCGGUUAAAUUAGUCUUUAUUCGCGAAAACCAGAACAGUAUUAACACCGAAAGAAGACAAGAAAUCGUGUAAACUGAGAAAAAAGCCAACAAAGUGUGUUUCUUGAUCAAGACGCUACUUCGGUUUACUAGCUAACCGGUCAGAUAGAUAGCUAGCUGCUACUGCUAAGCUAAAACCGCUAAGAUAGUUAGCUUCUCCUGUUCCUAUCUAUGAGCUGCUACUGCUAAGCUAACCUGUUAGCCUAGCACCGCCGGUGAGACCUCCAGACAAAAUGGCUCUUCUGUCGUCCUCAAACAGGGAUUCAUCCUCCACCGUGUUUUCCGUCGCCGUCUUCACUAAGUUCUCCACCAGAAAGAAGUCCAACCACCGCUGUCAGUGGAGCGCUGCUGCCGGUGUCACGGACAGUAUUCCCUGGAUUCCCUCUCCCUGUGACGGUCCGUGCGCUGAAGACUAAAGUUUCACUAAAAACACUCUAAAUGGAUCAUACAGCUGUCACAGCGGAACUGAGAUAAUGUCACAUGAGUAUUUAUAAUUAAUAUAUUGGAUAUUUGGAACUUUGAAAAGAAAAUGUUCAGAACUAUGAGCAGUGAGAGACACGGGCAGAGCUCGUCGUCUCCUGCCGACCGUGGAGUCUCCUCUGCCGUGCUUGUAAACCAGGAAAGCUCGUGGAUCGGCCUUCUGUCUAGGCCCGCGAUGACGUUUCUACAAAGCUAUCUCACGGGGCGACCGCUCCGUGCCCCGUCCCGGUCAGAUACAGGAACCGGGUGGAACCGCGGGGAUUUACAUUUAAAACCCAGCUUUGUUGAUGCGGAAAGUGAUUUUUUAAGACAGCUGGACGACAUUAUGCCACUAAACGUCACCCAUCAUCCGGGUCCUCACGUGCCAGUUCUGCGGUGUCAGAACGCCGGAGCCGUCGGGCUGCUGGAGCCCCGAGUCGGCGGCACGAUACCGUGGAUCACCGCCGAUUCUAUGCGGGAACUUGGAAUUCAAAGCGAAGGAAUGGACUUAAAUUCCUGCCACCAGCAAACCCACGAAAGUGGAUAUUUGUCUUCUGCGUGGACUUCUUUAAGUCAUGUUUUUAUAAGCUUGAUUUCAUCUCAGGAAAUCGGCCCCCCAGCGGGGAAGGAGUGGGGGCCAGCGGGGGCCUCUGUGACGGGUGGCAUGGGUAAGAGCAGAACGUGGUGGGACAAUUUCUGGGGUGGCGAGGAAAGCUCCCAGAGAGGGUUGUUAUAUCUGCCCCGGGCCGGCACAGCCCCGACACUUUGUCCACAAAAACAACCAGCGUCUGAAACAAAACCCCCCGAAACAAGCGAAGAGGGAUGGACGCUGGGAGAAAACACUGGAGCCUCUCAGCACAAAGAGGAGUCGGGUAACAAUGGAGGGCUUCACACCGCCCAGAACACCGAGUGGUUCGGUGUUAGAGAGCACCGGAGCCGGUUAGGGGCCGGGACCGCUGUCGCCCGCAGUGUGGCGGCGCUGCUGACCCCCGAGACCGACAAUGGUUACUCCAGUCCGGAGGAGGAACACUUACAGCUGUGCAUCCAGGUGUGCCAGCUGAAGAUGUUGAGUGAAGAUCAGCAGGAACACGAGACAGAAAACAUAGGAAAGGGAAACGAGACUUCAGAGGACGGAGAGUCUGACGUUACAUCAGGACAGGAAGUGGAAGAAGAAGAACAGGAAGCAGCCGUUCCGGACGCCUCUCCAGAGGAUCCGUGUGCAGCGACGCCUCAGUGCCAGAAUAAAGCCAUCGCCUUCAUUAUGGGAUGCCCCUGCAGUGACGACAGCCAAUCAGACGAGUCCUCCUCCUCCGAUGAUGAUGAUGAUAAUGAUGAUGAUGAUGAUGGCUUCGACAGCGAAGGUUUGUCUGACUCGUCAGAUGAAGAAGACGAAGAAGACUCGGACAGCGAGGCGGACUCUGAGCCUGAUUCUGAGGAGGAGCGUCUGUGGCACUCGCUGUGCCGUAGCGUCGACCCGUACAACCCCAGAAACUUCACCGCACCGCUGCCAGCCGCCCGCACGCUGCCCCGCACCGUCCCCGCUGCCUCACCUCCGUCCUCCACGCAGUCCUCCCCCGCCUCCUCGCCGCCGUCCGGCGCCGACGUCUGGGACGACUCUGCGUCGGCCAGCGAGGCGGACGAGGCCGAGAGCUUCCGCCUGUUGAACUCCUUCGGCUGCUCCUCCGACCCAUACAGCCCCUUUAACUUCCAGGCGCCGGUCCGGACUCGAGGGACCGCCGGGGCGCCGCCAGGAACCAGAGCCGGGGCCCAGGCGGCGUCCCAGAUUUCGUGUCGCUCCGCCAGACGCCGUGACGCAGCGUCUCCACCGAAGUACAGGACGGAGGAGGCGGAGGAGCGGCUGGACAGCGGAUUCUCUGAACUCUCCACGCAGAGCUGCUCCGUCACUAAGAAGGUUCGUUUCUGUGACGAUGUGGAAGAGUUCUUCGCCAGCGGCGGCGAGGAGGACGAGGAUCGCCGUGGCCCGUGGGAGGAGCUGGCGAGAGACCGCUGCCGCUUCCUGCGGCGCUGCCGCGACACGGAGCAAAGCAUCGCCUACGUCCUGCAGCCGCAACACCGGCGGCGAGUCUGGAGACGCCUCGCCGCCGCUGCAGCUCGCAGCGUCCUGGACGCCUGAAUCUGUCCAACGCCUGAGAGAAAUCUGUCAGGACGGGGCAGGAAUAUCUGUCCGUCCUCUACGUCCAUAGGGCGACCGAUCUGUCCUUUCUAGGGCUGUCAAAACUGUCCGAAAAUGAUGUUUGAAUAUUCCUUAUAUAAAAAAACACUCGGAGGUUCAAAUAUUUUCGAACAUAUUGGAAGUUAAUCGAGACAGAACUACUUAUAGGGUUGUAGUUCUUCUUAUGUGGACAGUACAUGAAAAGAUGAGAGGUUAGAGAGACAGAGGACAGGCAAACAGACAGACUCCUUUCUCCGUCUCUCUCUCUCUCUCUACAGACUCUUAAAAAACACGAUUCAUAACCAACUCUGAGUGAAAUCUAAAGGGCUGAGAAGUCGUCACUGUGUCUUCUUUUUAUUUUGCAGACGGACAGAAAGUCUGCAGCCGAUUAUUCACAUAAUCAUCUGCUUUACUUUUUGUCUUUCAGGGCAGAAACCCUAAAACCCUGGUGGGACUCUCUCUCUGCAGACAGAAACCUGCCAAAGGUGUUGCGUGUUUUCAUUUUAAGCUUUUAUUUUUCUCUCUGAAGCCAAAGAUUGAAAGCCUCGUUGCAUGGAUGUUAACCAGUGAUAAUCAGUAAGUGUUGAGCCUCUAAUCAGUAUCUGCAUCGCUGGUAUUAAAGUCCCUUUAACCAAGUAUCUAACAUCUUAUCUUCAGCUUUUAAUUCCAAACUACAAGUCCUUUAAAUUCACAGUAUUGAAGUCUGAUUUCCAGUUUUUAAGAGAGUCUCAGUCAACUAGUUUGGAUUUAUUUUAUGUGUGUUUCAUGCCCAACGUUUGCGAGUAUAAAACUCUGAUCUUUAACAGAAAUCUUCAGGCGUCGCAGAUACUAAAUGAAAAUCAUGACUAUCUGAAAGAAACAGAAACCUGUCGUAUGGAAACGUGUCACAUUGUCACGUUAUUACGUUAAACGUUUGCUGUAAUGAGAUGUUUUCAUGUUGCUUCAAAAACUUAUUCAAUUACAACAAGAAAAUGUUUCUAUAAUAACUUUGUUUUUCAAAUUAAAAGAGAAAAACAUCAAAAUACAAAAGCCACAAAAACUUAGAAAAGUCGGCAUAAACGGAAAUAAAUGUUGAAAAAGUGACACGUUUAUUUUAUUUUAUUUUUAAAUUUACGAAACGUAAAAAAAAAUAGUGACAUACGUUGGGAAAAAAAACUUUGAAAAAAGCGACAGAAAUGUUGGAAAAAAACAUCCAAAACAACGUCCAAAAAAGCGAACAGAAAUGUUGGAAAACAACUUAGAAAAAAAUGAUUUAGAAAGUGACAAACAUAAACGUGAUUCUGACAGGUUUAUCUUCCAUACAACAGAUAAUCUCAGUAGAUAGUUUGUUUCUUUCAAACUGUCUCCAGAUUAUUUAAAUGUUUCACACAAACAACCAUCUCCGCCUCAGUAUUUUCAAACUAAAACCUGUUUUUAUCUGAAAGCUUUUCACAAUAAAAGCAGGAAACGUAUCAGAAAGAUCUGCUUCUCUUAGGAACCGUCACUUUAAAAGACACAAAAAACAUUAAAAAACAAAACCUAAUUCUCUGACCUAUUCAGGUUUUAUCAUCAUUAAAAUGUUGUUUUGAAGUAACAAAUAAUUAGAUUGUAUAAUUUUUAAUUCAUAAUAAUACCUUUUUAAAUGUUUGGCUGGCUGGUAGCAGCUUCAGGAUUCAACGUUAAGGAUUUCUACUUGUACUUGACUCCAUCUCAGAGGGAAAUAUUUUUAUUUAAAUACUUUUUACUGUCUGACAGUUGGAUAAUGAUUUGUGAUUUUAUGUUUUUAAAAUCGUAGAAAAUUUUACAGCGUUUGGUUGGUGGAGGAAUCAGCAAGUUUGGAUCAAAUUUUAAGAGAGAUUUUCCAAAAACCGAAGGGUGGAAAGUAACUACUUAGGUACAACUUUGAGGUACUUGUAUUUUACUUGCACUCCAUCUCAGAGGGAAAUCUUGUAGUAGUAAACUACAUCAGUCACACCAACCAAACUCUGUGUAGUUUUCUACAUGUUUAAGAAACUCCACAAAUGCCUCAUUUUUUCAAUCAUUUUCUUUACAUGUUAUCCCCUUAUAGUUAUUAAGUUUGAGCUCUUUGUUCCAAUAAGUCUAAUAUUAUUAUUUUUCCCCCCCAAGAUAAAACCUUCAAAAUUAGAGCCAGAAAAGAAAAAGUCACAAAGUAUCGAAAUAAAAAUGUCAAACAUUUGAGAAGAAAGGCUUUAAAAAAUGUGAAUUAAAACAUCAAUAAAUUUCAAACGGUGAAAGCCUCACAAAUGUACAAAACAAACUUCAGAAGCAUCAACUCAAUGUCUGAUUGGCGUGUGUGUGUGUCUGUCUGUCUGUCUGUCUGUCUAACAGCACGUUGAGAUGAAAUGAUCCUAACGGGCCAGUAGGUUGUUAAAUUUACUGAUAUGGUGCAACAUUAAAUCAGACUCCGAUCAACUGCAGACUAUUUACAGAACAGGAAACUAAACUUAUUAUUUCAUCCAUUUAAUGAGUUUGUUUGGUCCCUAAAAUGUAAAAAAAAUAAAUAAAAAAACGUGCUAAAUGUCCCAGUUUGUCUCAGUAGUUUAUUUUCCUCCAGUAAACAAAGACAGGCGACAGAUCUUCACAACAUCUUUGUUCUAGAUCAAACGUGUAACACAGUCAGAACCUGAGUCAGAGUUUAAACUUCAUGUCAUCAACACACACAAAGUUCAUUUAAUAAAGUCCUCGUUUGGUCCAGAAAAUGUUAAAAACAAUCAACAUUUUCCCAGUUUCAGUGGAACUGGAUUUAAAACCCAGAACGUAGGUCCGAGUCUUUACUUUCUGUUGCAGGAUGAAGCCCAACAUCCUGGUACUUUAGUCAGACUAAACUAUAUUUCUGGGACACUAAACCGAUUAUUAGCGUCUGCAUGUUGCACUAAUAUAAUGUUAUCACACAGCUGUGUGACUAAUAAUCAAUCCUCAGAGUUUAUUAUGAACAGGAGAAGUCUUUGGUGUAUCUUUCUGUCAGAAAAUGCUUUUUAUUUUUCUAAAUCAUGGUUUGUUUGGCGUCUGACUCGCUCUGCAUCAUCACUUUCUCACAACUAAAGAUUAUAAAUAUUAAAUAUUAAAUCAAUAUUUGGCUCUUUCUUUCCCUACAUCUUCACUACUGAUCAAAGAUCUGACGUUCAGUUUAAAAAACAUGAAAUCAUUGUUAAUGUGAAAUAAAACAAGUGGUUUCUUCAA